AUGGCAACAUCCAUACUCAUUGGUAUCAACCGUAAAAGAGAAUCAUUUUUCCAGCUAAAAGAUCCAAUGGUUAUCAAUAGUACCUAUCUUUCAUCGCCAACUAUCCAUUAUUACACGGCGUUACUUGUCGGUUUGAAUGCCCCAUUCCAUGAUAUCUCAUUUGCCAUUUCAUUCUUAAAUACUUUCGCUUCUGCAGUUUCUCUUUUCCAUUUAGCCGGAUAUUAUCAUAAAUAUCAAGCCUAUGCAGCUCUUUUCGUACUCCUGAAUGGAGGAUGGGCGUUUAUUAGGAACUUUACCGUUAGAAAUGACCAUGUUGAUUUAGUUCAUAAUGUUGGCCGAGAAUACCAUGUUCCUAUGUAUCAAAUAUUCAGCCAAUUCAUAUUAUUCUCCAAAACAUACUCAUUCGCCUUUCCAAUGGCUAUUUUUUCCUUAAUUUUGUUACAUAAAUUUGCAAAUACGAAUGAACAGUUUGAAAACUAUAUGGUUGCAGGUCUAUUAAUUGCAUUAUGUCCAAGUUUCAUGGUUUCAGCUUCAUUGGCCAUUUAUUCCCUUUGCCAAUUGUAUUCUGUCAUAUUUGCUGGUCCAUUCUUCAUUUCCUUUGUGUUUAAGUACUUCUAUAGCAGUCUCAGAUCACAACCAAUAUGGCGCGAGUACCAAAUGAAUGGAAUUUUCUUUGCACAAAUCGUAUCUUGGAUUGACGCCCUCGGACCAUUAUCUUUUAUGAUUAUCUUGGCUCCAUUAUUCAUGACUAACCCAGAUAUCAUCCAUAAAUACGUUUCAAUGCUUUGUUCAAUGUGUUUCAUUUCAUUCUUCAGAAAUGGAGCAUUUUUAUAUGAUAAUUCGGCUGCGAUAGCCUUUACAAUACUCCCUAUUCUUACGAAUAUCACUUUCGGAGCGUUUGGAAAGUCUGUCAAAAAAUUGAAAGAAAAAUCUCGAGGAAUUUUGAUCGGAUCCUUCUCAUUGUUAGUUAUAUUAUCUAUACUUGGAGGCGUUAUGUCAAACAGACGUCAAUUGUCGGCUUUUGAGCCAUGUACAGAUCAAGAAGCGCUAACUGCCUCUCGUUGGGUCGCAACUCAUGUUCCAAUCAAUGAAACAGUCCUUACAAUACAGAUUCCGUUCAAUCCAAUCUCUUUUUCGGCUGGUCGUCAGAUUUUCUCAUCUUUACCUUAUAAUAUAUGGAUGAGAGGUGAAGAUUUCGCAACUCCAACAGCUGUUUUAAGGCAAAUCGACCUUCUUGGAGGUGCUCCGAACCUUAUGAGGAAAUAUCAUAUGAAAUACCUUCUUGAAUUUGUUCCAGUUCCGCUUGUUUCGCGGAAUAGGGAACUUCUCGAUCAGUUUAUGAUUGUAGAAAGCUCGGAUAGAUGGAGCUUGCUCAAAUUACGCCAAAGCUAA